AUACUUGCCAUAAGUCUUAUCCGAUAGAUCCGAAGCCGCCCACCUGUACCCCUUGCAUUUCCUGUUCUAUAAAUUUAUGUAGCCCUCUCUUCAUCUUCAUAAACCCACAAAUCCCUCUUGCUUUACCACAGUAGCAGUACUUUUCUCUUCUUUUUCUUCUACUCCUUAUUCUUCUUCUUCUUCUUCUUCUUCUUCUACCUUUUUAGUUCUCAACUAUGGUUUCUGCAGUGGUGAACACUGUUCGAAAUGCAGUUGGUAUCAUUGGGAACAUCAUCUCACUGUUUCUGUUCUUAUCACCUGUGCCAACUUUUAUACAAAUAGUUAAGAAGGGUUCAGUGGAGCAAUACUCACCAGUUCCAUAUCUGGCCACUCUGAUCAACUGCAUGGUUUGGGUCCUGUAUGGCUUGCCCAUGGUGCACCCCAAUAGCAUCCUCGUCAUAACCAUUAAUGGCGCAGGAACAGCUAUUGAGCUCCUCUACAUAACCCUCUUCUUAAUUUACUCUGACAAGAAGAAGAGAAUCAAAGUUUUACUUGGGAUCCUCGUUGAGCUCAUCUUCAUCGCCAUUGUUGCGAUUCUGGUUCUAACCCUUCUCCAUACAACCAAGCAACGUUCGUUGGUCGUUGGCAUCGUAUGUAUUCUGUUUAACAUCAUGAUGUAUGCUUCGCCAUUGUCGGUCAUGAAACUUGUCAUUACAACAAAGAGUGUGGAAUAUAUGCCAUUUUUUCUCUCUUUUGCUUCUUUUGCUAAUGGUGUUGCCUGGACUACUUAUGCCUUCCUUCCCUUUGACCAAUUCAUCGCUAUCCCCAAUGGGCUUGGCACAUUAUUUUCCCUGGUGCAGCUGAUUCUGUAUGCUUGUUUUUACAAAUCCACUCAGCGAAUCAUAGCAGAAAGAAAAGCAAAGGGUGCAGAGAUAGGUUUGUCAGAUGUAGUUGUUGGCAACUCAAUUCAGAACGGUCAUGCUUCUGGAAUUCAUGGUGGAGUCUGACCGACUGUGAAUUUCCAGAGUCUCUUUUUUUUUAAUUUGAAGAUAACUAGCAUUAUUAUCCUGUUAUAUUUUGGCGUAGUUGUAUUUUGUUUACAUAAACAUGCCUAUGAAACUAGUAAAAUAAGUUGUAAUCAUGGCAUGGGCAGUUUUCAGCACUGUAAUUGUUUUUGCCAUUUGGGUUUCUGUUUUACUUUGUGAUCUGUAAUUCAGGAAUCAACAGGGUGAUGUCUCUGUAAGCCAUAACUAACAAUUUUGAUGGGACAUUAAGGAAACUUCUUAAUCUAUAAGAACUGCUGAAAUUGCUUGUUUUCUGUG